CUCGCUAGAGGAGGCAGUUUAUCCUGAGGGAGAAGUGGACAGACAUCCACAGUUAGCGGUCACCGUGUCGUGAAAGGACGGCAUGAUGUGGCCCUUCGUACCACUGCUGCUGCUGCUCGGUCUGCUGCGACCCUGCACCGCCGGAGGUUCUUUCACACAGCAUUGUGAGAAAACAGACGGCACAAUUUACAAAUACCAGGCAAGGACUCUUAACGGGAGUCACACUGUGAACUUCAGUGACUACGCGGGCAAGAGUGUCCUCUUCAUCAACGUGGCCACGUACUGAGGAUACACCUUUCAGUACACGGAACUGAAUGCACUACACGAGGAGAUGAAACCACUCGGACUCACGAUUCUCGCCUUUCCCACCAACCAAUUCGGAAAACAGGAACCAGGGCAAAAACAUGAAAUUCUGCCAGGUUUAAAGCAUGUUAGACCAGGCAAUGGAUUUGUUCCAAACUUCCUGCUGUUUGAGAAAGGUGAUGUGAAUGGAAAAGACGAGCAAGAGGUUUUCACUUUCCUUAAGAACUCCUGCCCUCCAGUUGGAAACGACUUUGGUGACCCCAACAACAGGUUGUUCUGGGGGCCUCUGAAGAUCAACGACAUCAAGUGGAACUUUGAAAAGUUUCUGGUGGGACCAGACGGGAAGCCGGUGAUGAGGUGGCACCCAAGUGUCAACGUUUCUCAAGUCCGAGCUUACAUUCACAAAUACCUGCUCAAACAAUACACACACGAUUAGAUCUGAUUCGUCAUACAGUAUUGUCCAUCUAAUGAAGUAAUAGUAACGAGACGAUGUGAGAAGUAGAGCUAUGGUAGAAUUGAGUAAUGUUAACAGUUUCUGGUACAUGAAGAUGGCAUUUUGAAUGAAGAGGAGGCUUGAAAACAGGACCUCUGUGGUGCCUCUUCGGAGUCUGGGGUUCAGGACAGUCCUUCAGUGCAUUCAGGCUGCCCUGCAAUCACUCAGCAUCAUGCAAUCUUCUCAUCUCCAGGACCUGUUUGCCAUUACAGCCUGAAUGUUAAUUACUUCCAAUAAAUCAUGGCGAACAUGUGGA